GCCCCGCCCCGGCUCCUGGAGGCCCAGUUGCCUGGCCCGGGGCGUUCCCGCCCCUCUGGCCGGAGGCCUAAGAGCGAGCUCCUGCACUUACCCCGCUCUCCCUGUGUGGUUGGUGCGGUCCAUGGCGAGCGCAUCAUGGCGAUCGAAGGUGGAGAGAGAACCUGUGGAGUACAUGAACUUAUCUGUAUUAGAAAAGUCUCUCCAGAGGCAGUUGGAUUUUUGUCAGCGGUUGGGGUGUUUAUUGUCUUGAUGCUGCUCCUUUUUCUCUAUAUUAAUAAGAAGUUCUGUUUUGAAAAUGUUGGAGGGUUUCCAGAUCUUGGUUCAGGAUACAAUACACGGACGAAUUCACAAGAUAAAAUGUAUAAUUCCUACAUGGAUAGAGAUGAGCCUGGUUCAUCCUCUGAAAGUGAAGAUGAAGCACUGGGUAAAUAUCACGAGGCCUUAUCCAGAACACACAAUUCCAGGUGGCCAUUGGUAGAUUCUAGACAAAAGAGCUAUGCCUGGGAAACAAGGCAGAAGUACAGCCCCCUGUCUGCAGAGUACGACGGGUACAGCACUGAGGCAUCCAUGGAGGACGGAAACUGCAUUCAGAGAAUGAGGAGGACACCUCCAUUGGAUGAGCUGCAGCCACCACCUUACCAAGAUGACAGCGGUUCUCCUCACCUCUCAUGCACACCCUCCGAAGUUGGGGAUGCCAAGUGUGAAAUUUCCCACUGCAGCAACAGCCCAAGGUGUUCUUUCAACAAGUGCCCCAGUGAAGGAAGCACAGGUCACGAGGCUGAGAGCUAUCACAAUAAAGGAUAUGAAGAUGAUGUACCUAGCGACAGCACAGCAGUCCUUAGCCCUGAAGACGUGUCAGCUCAAGGAUCCUCCUCACAGCUUCCUAAACCUUUUGAUCCAGAGCCAGAAGCUAAGUAUGGCACAUUGGAUGUGACUUUCGACUAUGACUCUGAAAGACAGAAGCUUCUGGUAACAGUGACAGCUGUCACAGACAUUCCAACAUAUAACAGGACAGGUGGCAACUCGUGGCAGGUACACCUUGUUCUUCUACCUAUAAAAAAACAGAGAGCCAAAACCAGCAUCCAGAGAGGACCAUGCCCUGUCUUCACAGAAACAUUCAAAUUUAACCACGUUGAAUCCGAGAUGAUUGGAAACUAUGCAGUUAGGUUUAGACUAUAUGGUGUCCAUCGCAUGAAGAAAGAAAAGAUUGUGGGGGAAAAGAUUUUUUAUUUAACAAAGUUGAAUCUUCAAGGGAAAAUGUCGUUACCGGUGAUACUGGAACCUUCAUACAAUCCUUCUGGCUGUGACUCUCAGGUGAGCUUGUCUGAGGCAUCCUGUGGUGACAGUACAUCCUCCUGUCAGUCUCUUCAACAUGGCUCUGUUCCAGAAAUCCUCAUUGGGCUCCUUUACAACGCCACCACUGGAAGACUAUCAGCAGAAGUGAUCAAAGGCAGCCACUUCAAAAACCUGGCAGCUAACAGACCACCCAAUGGACUGUUCUGUUGUCUAAAACACUUGAUAGGUGGACAGGUUUAUAUAAUCCGAGAUACAUAUGUUAAGUUAACACUGCUGAAUUCCAUGGGCCAAGAGAUGUCCAAAUGCAAGACAUCCACCCGCAGAGGGCAGCCAAAUCCGGUGUACAAGGAAACUUUUGUUUUUCAAGUGGCCUUGUUUCAGCUUUCUGACGUGACUCUGAUACUGUCUGUGUAUAACAGGCGGAGCAUGAAAAGGAAGGAGAUGAUAGGCUGGAUUUCCUUAGGUCUGAACAGCUCCGGGGAGGGGGAGCUCAGACACUGGACUGCAAUGAAGGAGUCAAAGGGACAGCAAGUGUGCAGGUGGCACGCACUGCUGGAGUCCUGAGGAAGUCGGAAGACUGCUGCAAGCCCAGCACUGCCUCAGAGGAGCCGUUCCCUAGAGAGUCCUCUUCAACACCCUACCAUGACGCUUCACAUCAGCGAGAGACGGUCCAGCGCUGGCUGAGGGGAAGGAAGCUUUGUCUCUGGUAGAGCAAGCUCACAUGAGAAACCAAGAAACUGUGUCCUUAAUGUUCAGCAGCCCUCCAGAAAUCAAAUUGCAUACUUUUUAUUUGAACUUGAUUUUCUUAGUGAAAGAACUAGGAAUUCCGUGGAGAUUGUGGCUUUAAACCAGAAUUUCCAUUGCAGCACUACAUAUCAUCACCCACAUGCUGUCUGUAAGGCAUUCCGAUGGCCAGUCCUUGGGUGGAUCUCAGUGAGCACAGUCCUGUCUCAAGGGGAAAGUUCACUCACACUAAUGAUACUUUCAUUUAGAUAUGUUCUCUCUGUGCCUCAGCCUUUAUAGUACUAAGCCAAGUGCAAAAUUCCCUGAAGGAUAGUUUAAGGUUGGUUGGUUUGACGUUUAUUUCUUUACCUCCCUUUUUUUUUUUUUUCUGAUCCAAAGAGACCAUGUCCUUAUGGUCCCUUGCAAACUGUUAUGACCGUACUGCAGAACUUCAUAACUUUACGUUGAAGCCCUUUAUGUACCAUGUGUUCCAGAGUAGGAAAUGGUAGAGCAGAGCUGUCAUUUGGAAUUGCUUUCAGUGGUCAGUCUUGACAGCUGUGCAGUGCAGCAGACACAGUAGAUAGCUGUUGAAAUUGGAAGACAACUCUAGUUAAAAGGAAUCUUGAUUAUCUGUUCCAAGUAUCUAGUCUCCAACAGGAGUAAAACAGGUGGCAUUCAAAACAGAACCUCCUGGAGUCCUUCCUCACUCCCAUUUCUUUGUGGCUCUCAGUUUUAUUCUACUUCAAAUCAUUCUGAGAUCCCUUGUGCUCUAGUGACUUGUGCUGUGUCUGUGAUGUCGUCAGCAUGAUGUCACCCUGUGCCUUCCAUGCAAGUUGACCUUGAUUACACUGCUGGGAAGCCAUAGUUGUGGGUUUGGCCUUCAGCACUCGUAGGUAUGAAGCUCCUUGGCAGUCCCAUGGCCUUGCCCUACUCUGCAGGAAGCGGGGCCAUGUACUGUGCUGGCCUCCACACUGCAAGCAUUUCCCUGUCGUGUUUUCAUAUUUAAAAACUACAGGUCAACUGGAAAUAGUGAAAGCUAUUUUCUUUUUAAUUUUUCUUUUUAACAAAAUUUUAUGCAUAUACUCUAAUAGAGUCCAUUUUGUAUACAUGAAAAUAUUUUCCUUUUGCUCUUUCUCAUUUCUAGUUAAACUAGACAAAAGCAUACUAUUUACCAAUUAGUGAAAAGCUAUAUCACGGUUCCAAUCCCAGCUGAGCACUUUGGACUGUUACUGUGAACUAGAACUCAUCAGUACCAAACUAGCAGAGUCAUGCACUGACUUACUAAAAUGUGGCAGUACUGAAAGGCCUUAAAAAAUCCAAAAGGCCAUGAACUUCUACAGUUUUAGCUUAAAAGAAGGCAACUUUAUACUUUCAAGCUCAUCAUUUUAAGGAAAAGAAAAUGCAAGUAAGAUGCACAGAGUUAGUUUUAAAAUGGAAGUUUCAAGCCCAGCAUAGUGGCUCAUCCCUGUAAUCCUAGCACUUGGGAGACUGAGUCAGGAGGAUUGCUGUGAUCUUGAGGCUAGCCUGGACUACAUAGUUCCAGGCCUUCCUGGGCUACAGAGUGAUAACUGUACCACCAAAAUAUUAUGUUACAAAGUUGCAUUAGAAAAAAAAGAAAAAGAAAAAGCAUCCUUCUAUCCUUCCAUUAGUGAACUUCUCAGAAUUGCUUUGUUAUAAAGUGAGUUUGGUUAGAAAUUAAAACAUGAACAAGAAGCAAAAUAGUUGGGUUUUUUAAGUGUUAUUGAAGAAUAGAGUGAGGCAAAAAUGUGAACAGGAUAUAGGUUACACUGAAAAUUAGGUACAGGCAUUUGAUGCUCCAAUGAGCCUUCACUGGCUUUGAAACAACCGCCCGCAUGGUUAACAGCUGCUGUCUUCCUAAUAAAGUCUCUGGUCUAUUUUGCAACAAAGCUCAAUUGGACAUUAUAAGACCAACCUGGUGCUUUCACUGUGUUGAGAGGAAAAUCUGUUAUUUGUUAAACCUCCUUCCUGGAGAGUGGGCUCAGAACUCUGAAUACUCCCAAAGAUUUUCAGGGGUAUCUGGCAUGGUGUAAGUAUCACUUCAUGUAUGGCCUGGAAGUUGAUUCAGUCUUCUUUAACAUUAGGAAAAGCCCCCCUCUAUCCCAUUUGCCAAGUCCUCAAUGAUUAUAAACUAUGUAUGUGCAUAUAACUACACAUGUAGCAUGCUGUGCACAUGUAAAGGUGAGGGUGUCCUGCCUUUUCACAUAACUGAAUAGAAAGGCAGUUCCACUGAUCAUGGAUUGCUGCUUUUCUUCUCUGUGUAACUUCUAAAUGUGAUACUAGGUUUGUAGCCAAAUGCUGCCAUUCUACUGCAUAUAAAGCAAGUAUACAACUUAUUCUCUCCUGUGAUUUAACACAAAUACUUCUCCAAAUUAUCUGGGCCACAGAUGUUGACUCAGGAACUUGAAAAUGACAGUCUACACCCUUAUUAUUCUGCUAAAGUCAAAUGAAAUGUCCAGAUUCAACAACUGACUGGUAUAUGGGUAUUCACGAGCCUAGCUUCUUAACUUCCCUGAUGUGGUUGUCAAUCACUGUCCAGAAGUGCAGUAUUGUCCAAACUUUAAGAAGCUUCUGCAGUCUUGGUGCCUGAAUACUAGCCACCUUUUAUUUGAAAUACAAUUGCCUAUCAUCUCACUGCACGUUGAUGAGUUUUCAGUAGCAUUGUUCUCACUGACAAAAGUAGUCAUUAGGCCAUGUUUAAAGAAACAGAAAAUACUUAAGCUGCCUGGAUACCUGUGCUGUCGUUGUAAAGUUGGGUACUGGCAGGGAGUCUGAUCUGAUCUGUGCAAAACCCAGCUCUGUCUGCUAAGUCACUGCUGCUCCACAAACUGGGAGCAUAGCCAGGCCUUGGGAAUGUGGGUGCAUCAGUAGGAAAAUGGUGACAGUCUAGCAUGUUCUUGGCCACAAGGAAUACAAAUGAUAUCACAGCUUUACAAGGGGAUAAGAAAUAGGUGAGCUGUUUGAAGUGGUGUAAGCCCAGUGGUCACCAACUUUUUUUUUUUAAUUCUUGUUCAGGUAUUAAUAGAAAUAACACAAAGUUCAUUUGCAUAAAGCUACCAUUUACCUCCAUAGACUGAAGAAUUCCAUAGGGGAAAAAAAAAUUCACAUUGCUAGUUGUUCUUCACAGUUCUUUUUUCAUAUUUUCUUUAUAGUCCAAAAUUCUUCCUCUUCAUCUGUCAAUUGAAUGUGGCCAUCAGUAUCAUUGUUGCCAGCCAAUGAUACUAAAACAGGAUGAGGCAUGUGGUAAAGCACCUUAAAGCCUCCACACUGACAGUACUGAUGAUAGUUACAUCCAUAACUUAGUAAAGAGCUAACACAAGAAUGUACUGUCUUAUUUGACUCACAAAAUAUGAAGAGGCAAGUAACAUCAUCAGUGUUUUAUUCAUGAGAAAGUUGCUGCAUGGAGAAGCUGAGCUGACCCCCUAAGGCUGCCCCCUCUUAAGUAAACCCAGUAGAACUGUGAUUGCUCCAAACCCACUCAUGCGCAUUGUAUCUUAACCCAGUUUAUUAUGGGUGAGAGGAACAGCAUCAUAUUGGGAAAGUCCUGCCCAGCUUAUCUGAAUGGCAGAGAGAGGCCCAAGAGAAGAGAGCUGGGAAAGAGAGGAGACAGUGAAGGGGGCUUGCCUUCUCAGGACACAAACCAUACUUCGGUAUCAUAGUUUGUGAGUGAUUUUUAUUUAAGGACUUGGGAAUCUGUUUGUUGUGUCUACACUGUACUUAGAUUCUGAAGAUGUAUUAACUCAUUUGUUCUUCUUGACCAAGGUAUUUCCAUUGCCUCUAUACACCUUUCUAUGCCGAGAAAUGACGGGAUGUCUGAUGACCUGUACUUGUGUCAGGGGUCAGAGGAGAGAAUGUUGCCUUCCUGAGCACACUUACCCAAGUUUGUUUAUAUUUCUUUUGUUAAAGUUUGUUAAAAUUAGACAAGAUUCCCACCUACUCUCUUUCCCUUCAUUGUUAGUGAUUACUAUGUCCUAGAGUCUUUAUGAGCCCUUUGGCUAAUAGGAGGCACACAACAAGUGCUGAUGAGUAAAGCCUCUAUGGUAGAAUCAACACUGCCGUUGUGAAAGUUUUCUGUGAGCCUUGUCUCCUAAUAUAUAUGUGUGAGGACCCCACUGUGUGCCAGGUGCUGCUGAAGAGACUACAGGUUGGAUGGGCAGUCUUCCCUCAUCUUGUAUUUUAAUGUAUUGAGACAGCAUCGGGUGGUGUCUUUCAUUAUAAUAUAUGAGGUGUAGAGAGAGGCAUGUGCAGGGGAUUGGGGUUGAGUAGGAAAGUUACAUGGUGAGUUCCAUUAGAAGACAAGAGAAAAAGAAUACUGGUUUGACUCCCAUCAAACUCCCCUUUGUUAAACACAGACAGUGGCUCCCAAGUUGUAAUGUACCUAAGAAUUCUGUCCAGGUUCUAGCCAGAGAUUCUGUUUCAUUUGGUAUAGAGGAAAGUCUGAGAGUCUAGAUCUGAAAUCCUAGCUGGGCAGUACUGGGAAAUAAUAGUUUUGUUUCUUAUCUGCAAUUGUUGGCAGCAGAUUCUGUGCCCAUAGAUUAGUAAGGUUUGUAGUCUCUGGGUAUCUAUGAGGAAGCAAGCUUCUUGUGGAUGAAGGAUCACAUUCUCUCCUUCUGAUCUCUCUCAUGCUGAUUAACACAAUUUCCAAAACUAUAAAACUGAAGUUUUAUAAAGUCAGAGGAAGGCCUUUUUAAAGGUGAGGAUGACAUUUUGGCAGCUUUGUUGGAUAAAUACUGAGGAUAUUAAUAUGUCCUGUAAUGCACCAACAUUUGUUUGCCAGGGGGAAACAAGGACAAAUGUGACAAGUGUACUGACACUGCACUCAAGUGUUGUGAGUGAUUAUCUCAAGCACAGCUAGAAAUGUGUGGUGAUACUUCCAAAUAAUUUGAGUUUACCAAGAGAAAAACUGUAGUAGUAAUGUAUUUUAUAAUUUAAUUUUUUGUGUUUAUACAUAGUUAUACUACAAUAACUUUAGCAAAAACAAUAUAGCAAUUCUGAGGAACUUUAGAGCUUAUACGAAGGGGACAGCCUUUGCCUGAGCUGGCGGUGCUGGCCAUGUCCCAGCAACUUGGCUAGACUUAUACCUGAAUUCUGAAAUAAGCAAGUAUAUCGGUACUAUUUCUCAGUGCUGGAGCUAUGAUCUGUUAGAGUCUGAUAAGUGUUGUGACCUAGUCUUUUUCUAAAACCCAAGAGGUUCAUCACUACUCUGGGGCAUUGCUUCUCAAAAAUAAUGUACUUUUUAUAGAAAAACUCAAUCAGUGGAUCUUUUUACUUGGUAUCCCUUCUCUUCUUCCCCCAAUCCCUCCUCUCUUCCUUUCUUUGAGUUUUUGAGGCAAGAAGCUUCCUUAAUAGUCUAGUUUCUACGGAGCUUUCGUACUUAUUUUUCUAAUAAUAGGUGUAGCUGAAUGAUGAUGUUUAACUGCUCUGUGAGCAGAAUUCUCAACCAACCUGAAGAAAUGUGCUGCCUAUUGGUGUUUCCUUUGAUCUCAACUGUGUCUGACCUGUUUGCUAGUGACUUUCACCCAUGAAUGGACUGCUCAUGUGCAUAGUAUGUCCAUGUACAUAGUAUGUCCAUGUGGUCAUCAGCAGUGCUGUGUUGUUAUCACAUAUUUAUAUGCACUUGGUCAAAACAGAACCUGAUGAGUGUGUGAGCCAUCAUUUUGUUAGAGUGAACGGCUGAACCCCCUUUGUGUCGUUGGAGUCACGCUGCGCGUCUGUUGCCUUUAAACUCUCAUACCUUCUUUUGUACUCUACACCGACUGUCGCGGUGCCUUUUUCCUUUUGUAUAAUUGUAUUACAUUAAAAAAUUGCUGACCUGUGUGUAAAAAUGUUAAAACUACACCAGUCCAAGGAGAUUUUAAUGGCCGUCCAAUUUUCCAGAGAAUAAAUUUU